CUCGUACAGUACAGUACCUAGGUAUAACCAAUUCAUCGGGUGUCAGUUAUCACAACGACGAACCUCCACAAUCCCAAAGUCGUGAUACAAAAAGUCCCUUUGGCGUUCCCAUUAUUAAUUACCCCGAAGACCCCCCAGGCUAAAAAGGUCCCCUGAGCAGUGGAUUUUGAUCUUAGCAGCACACGCACGCACGUCUUUUGAUAGUGCGGGGUUGCAGAUGAGGGGUCUGAUGGGGUUUGCAGCCAUCGGGGUUCUCGUAUGAUGUGAUAAAUAGAUAACCAUCAAUUGGGCCCUGGGCAUCGCUGGCCUCUUAUUUUUGUUUUCUUUGCGUCGACAAUUGGUCUUGAGCAGCCCUUUAUGAUGACAAUCCAGGCCGAAAAGUUUACGCCAGAGGUGCUCCUCUCGGCGCCACGGCGCUCGCCUGGCGUGCCUAAUGCCACGGGCGAGCUCGUCUUAUACACGGUCUCGACAUACUCCUUCGACACCCACUCCAAGACGGCGCAGAUCCGCGUCCUCAACAUCAAAGAGGGCACGUCGCAUCUGGUCUCCGAAGACUCCGCAGCCAGCGACCCAAUCUGGAUCAGCGAAAAAGAGAUUGCCUACGUCAAGAGCCUCGACAACGGUGCCUCAUCUCUGGUGGCGCAACAUGUUCUCGAUCCAAAUGAGUCAAACACCAUCCAGCGCUUCAGCGGAAGCAUCUCCAGUCUAAAGGCCAAGCCUUUGUCUGCAGACAAAGUGGCCUUUUGCGCUGCCGCUCUGACCACUCCCGAUGGACAAAUGUACAGCCCGGCUUCGGAACCAAAGUCUCACACAUCAGCCAAGAUCUACACAUCCCUAUUUGUGCGACACUGGGACUCCUGGAACACUGAAAACAAAAACUCGCUUUGGUACGGCCAGCUGGAAAAGGUUGACGGAAAAUGGACUCUUGGAAACUCGGCCCUUACAAACUUGCUUGCGGGUACUGGCCUCGCCUCUCCUGUGCCUCCCUUUGGAGGUACCGGUGAUUUCGAUGUAUCCUCGACUGGCAUUGUCUUUGUUGCAAAGGAUCCGGAAUUGAACCAUGCUAGAAACACCAAGACUGACCUAUACUUCGUUCCUCUGGCUUCAUUCUUGGAUAAGCCUAGCUUCCCCCAGAUUGUAAAGACGGGUAGAUUGCUUGGAUAUUCAAGCUCUCCCGUCUUUUCAAAUGAUGGCAAGCAGGUUGCUUUCCUGCGCAUGAAAUCCCAGCAAUAUGAGGCAGACAAGACGAGGCUCUUGCUGAUUCCAGACGUAACCGAUCUGAGCAACGUUCAGGAAUUUUACGAGACCGAGGAUGACAAAGGAGGUUGGGACUUUAAGCCCGAUUGGAUCGUCUGGAGCCACGACAACAAGGAAUUGUAUGUUGCGGCAGAGAAGCACGCCCGAGUUGUCCUGUGGAAGCUCCCGUCAUCACCGCUGGAAGCCAAAUCUCUUCCUACCCCAAUCCACGAGGACGGUUCCGUGGCGGAGGCGAGGGUCCUCGGUAGCAGCUCAUCGCUGUUGAUCACAACGAGGUCGCGGGUCGAAAGCUCCAACUAUUCGAUACUUGACCCUGAAUCCAAGUCGUCUACCACCAUCUCUUCGAGUUCCAAACAAGGUCGAACUUUCUCCCUGAACAGAUCGCAGUGCCAGGAGAUUUGGUUCAAUGGCUCAAAGGGUUACCCCAUUCAUGCCCUGGUCACCUUGCCUUCGACCUUUGACUCUUCGAAGAAGUACCCUUUGGCUUUCUUCAUCCAUGGUGGUCCUCAAGGUGCUUGGGGAGACGACUGGAGCACUCGAUGGAACCCUGCCAUCUUUGCUGAGCAGGGCUAUGUCGUUGUGAGCCCCAACCCAACUGGCAGCACGGGCUAUGGCCAAGAUCAUACCGACGCCAUCCAGAACAACUGGGGAGGUGAUCCUUAUGUGGAUUUGGUCAAAUGUUUUGAGUAUCUGGAGAAGGAAGUGAGCUACAUAGACACAACUAGAGCUGUUGCUCUCGGCGCGUCUUACGGAGGCUAUAUGAUUAACUGGAUCCAGGGCCAUGAUCUUGGACGAAAGUUCAAGGCAUUGGUAUGCCACGAUGGAGUCUUUUCGACUCUCAACCAGUGGUCUACGGAAGAGCUAUUCUUCCCCGAGCAUGAUUUUGGUGGCACCCUUUGGGAGAACAGAGAGGGCUAUGAGAAGUGGGAUCCCGCCAAGCACGUUGGGAACUGGGCUACGCCGCAGCUGGUUAUACAUAACGAGCUCGAUUACCGCCUACCCAUUUCAGAGGGUCUGGCCAUGUUCAACGUCCUUCAGGCUCGGGGCGUGCCAAGCAAGUUUGUCAUGUUCCCCGACGAGCAUCACUGGGUGCUCAAGCCAGAGAAUUCAUUGGUCUGGCACAGGGAGGUGCUGAACUUUAUCAACAAGUACAGUGGAAUCUCGGAGGAGAAAUAACAUACCUUAUACCAAACUUCUCUUUUAUUUCCCCUUUCCCCUUUGCUUUUCGGAUGUUUAGUUCGCGCAUGUAUUAUAAGUUCGUGAAACAUCUUUUCAACGGUAGUAACUUGAACUUGGCAAAUUGCAUUGUUGGCUGUGUUAGGCUUUGAUGGUAGCGCAUAUUUCUUAAAUAAAAGUAGCAAAAACGCAAUUGGUCGAUUUUUUCUCAUUAAUGAGAUGAAACGAAGAGGAACACCUUGUAUUUCUUUAUUUCUCUAUUAUGAGCAUGGC